GCCAUGUUGACUUCCAAGCAGCAGUAGGCCCCGCCUCCUGCUUCUACCUGAGAGACUCACCUGAGCACCUGGCGUACCUGUGCGCACAGUCAUCGCUGCGUUGAAGAGCAGCCGAUCAGGAGCGACUGCGGGGGGAACUUUUAUCUGCUAUGGCGGAGUCUCAGCUGGUGUGCAUGGACGAUGAGCACGUCAACGAGAAGGUCCCGGAGUCCAGACCGGAGUUUUACUACAGCGAGGAGCAGCGGGCGGCCCUGGAGCAGCUCCUGAGGAACGGGGACGGUGCCUUCAAGAUGCGCCUCAAAGAGGACAACAUCAAGGACUUCCUCUCCGCCAGGGAGGUGAAAUUCAUCCGGAAAACGUUUCACGAAUACGACACGGACAGUGACUCUGAGUCCGGAGAGCAUGAGAAGUCCAAGGCGUCCUCCAGCGCGGACUCCGGGGUCCACUCCACCUAUUGGCCCCAGAUGUCCGACACCGAGGUCCCGUCUCUGGACAUCGGCUGGCCGGGCAGCAGCAGCUUCUACAAGGGGGUGACCCGGGUGUCCGUGUACACCCAUCCACCCAAAGAGCCCGGCCCGCACAUCAAGGAGGUGGUGAGGAGACUCAUACAGGAAGCACACAAGGUGGUGGCCAUAGUCAUGGACCUCCUGACAGACCUGCAGAUCCUCCAGGACCUGCUGGAUGCCUCGUCACGGCGCGGGGUGGCUGUCUACGCUGUGCUGGAGGCCAGGGGAGUGCCCCACUUCCUGGAUAUGUGCGCUCGGCUGCAGAUUAAUGCAGUGCAUCUGCGGAAUCUCCGUGUGCGGAUGGUGAAAGGCGCAGGGCUGGCCCUGUCGUUUGGAAAGCUGCCCGGCUCCCUGUGCUCCAAAUACAUGCUGGUGGAUGGAGAGAAAGUCAUGUUUGGGUCCUACAGCUUCACCUGGAGUUCCUCUCGGAUGGACAGGAACAUGAUCACCGUGAUGACGGGACAAACCGUGGACUCCUUCGACAAUGACUUCAGGGAGCUGUACGCCGUGUCUGAGCAGGUGGACCUCUACAGGGAGUUCAACAUCACCAAGCCGCCUAUUCCUGUGCCCAUCACCAAGCCAAAGGUGGAGCAAAUCCGGCCUCUGCCCGUCUCCAUGUCUCGCUUUCAAGUAUCUGUCGGGGAGUCCAGACAGAUUGACCUAAAGGUACCUGCACAUAAAUACCACAAUCCUAAGUACUCUUUAGUUUUUGGGAACAGUAGGGGCCUAACAGGUUCCCUACAAGACCUGUCGACCCCGAGCGACUCGCUGGUCGGUGGGCUGAACCGGAGGAACGGUCUGCAGAACAGCAUCCUUCAUGCUAACAGGAACAGCAGGGAAAAGGUGGACCAAGACUCCCCACAGAGUCCUGGUUCACCUGCAGAGGAGGAGGAUGAGGAUGGAAAGGGAGACUUGAAGAAGAACCAGGCCGCCGGAGCGAAGAAACAACGCAGCUCCUUCAGGCACUUCUUGAAAGGCAGAGGCAAUCACAGCACAGAGACUAUAGAGGAAGGCAUUGUCACUCCUCAGAGCUCCGCCCCCACCUGUAAAGUGCCAGAGGCCAAUGGCAUCGCAGGAAAUGAGCUGGAGGACUCGUUUGAGAUCAUUGAGAAACCCGGUCCACUGAAAUCCAAAACCAAGAAGCCCUCAAAGCUCCUUCAGAGAAGUAUGUCUCUGCAGACCAUCAACACAGGCGACGAAGACGGAUCCAAAAGCCGGCGGCGGCAUCAAAAGAAGAACUGCAUCCAGUCAUGAGAAAAAACAAGCGGACAGUCUGUCGUUAGAGUUACAAAGAGCACUGGAGGAUCUUGUGGUUAAACAUGCCGCUGAGUCACAGUAUCACAUUACUGUAACCAGAUGACAUUAUUUUACAAGAAAUGAGUGCAGUCAGUGUUUCUGGCCUGUUACACUGCUUCAUUUUGGGGUGAAAGGACUUUCACCCCAAAAUGAAGCAGUGUAACAGGGGCCUUACGGGGGCAGCCGCUGAUGAGAUGUUGUAGUUUAACUAAUCAUGUGAGGAAAAAGUCCUGCAGAAAAUCUCCACAUUGUAGCCAAAGUGCUGAUGGAGGUUUCAUUGCCAUUAUUUUGUUUUUCUGUGUGUUUUUUUUUUUUGUAUUAAGUUAUUCUACGGUUAAGUGUUGUUUUUAUAUUUUACAUUUGUGUGCUUGAACCUGAACACCACAAAUUAGCCCAGGCUGUUACCCAGGUAGCGUGGGUGGAUUACAUCACGCCUGUGAGUUAACCUGGUCGCUAUGGAGACAGGAAAAGUGAUCAGUUGUGCUGUUGUCCCUGAGUGUUGCCUUACAGAGGACUCUUGGUAACAGAAUAAGUGUGCGUAAGAGUGUGUAGUACAGGCUGUGAAUAAUGUACGCUGUGCUGAGUGGUGCAGUGUUGACACAGUCCUGUACGCUGUAUGAGGACUUGUAUGUUUGCACUUUGGGAUUUUGUUUUUAUUCAGGUGAAACUGGCAGAGAUUAAAAUGUGAAUCCUUGAGAACCACUUGAGAUGCAAAUAAUCACAGUUUUGUAGCAGAAAUGGAAUAAAAGACAUGAAAACAGUA